AUGCUUCCGUUCGACGAUCAACGCGUCCUGUGUUUAGAGGUUCCUUUACAAGGAAAAGAAAACGUUCAUAUUAAUUUCGCCGAAGAAGUCGAAAAAGUCUAUGGACCUUCCAUCAAUCAGAACGUGAAGAAGAACGAACUCUCUGAUUCUGCUGAAUCAGAUGGAGAAAAUGAGCAACAACAAGGAGGACCGAAUGCAGAGGGUGGAACAGAACCAACCAAAAAACGAAGAAAGAGAAGAUACGCGGAUGAGUACUAUGAUCGACAUGACCCAUUCAUUGAUGAUACGGAGUUAUACAUUGAAGAAAUGGCCGCUGCUAGCAAGGACGGUUUUUUUGUUUUCAGUGGACCAUUGGUAGCUGAGGGCGAUAAAGUAAAGAUUGAACGGUCUAAAAAAACAAAACGAAAAAAGAAGUUAUCAAACACCCUUUCCAAUGCUGCCGCUAAUCCAACUCCAACUACUCCUCAAUCUACUAUGAACGAUCAGCCAGCUUCAAGUGGAAAGCCUACUGACAAAAUAGAGGAAGAUUCUAAUGAUGAUGAACAACCUUUACAAACCAUAUCCAUGCAUGAACGAGCUUCUAAGCAAUCCUCCACUUCGGGAUCUAAAAAAGAUGUUUCAGCAAACACAAGUGUUACGAACAAAGAGACAAAAAAAGAGACCGAAAAGUCAUUGAAGGAACAAAAAACUCCGACCAAAGAGACAAAAACCAAACCAAGGGAAAAGGCGUCUAGGAGAACGUCCACGGGUACAAAAUCGACGAAAAAAGCCGAGAAAGAGGAAGCGAAAGGAUCGACCUUAAGCAAUGUAACCGUUUCCCCAACUGCACCACCGCACCAAGCACCCGCAGUUACUACGACCGAUAGAGAAUCGGCGUCCGUUACUAAUCGAAAUGAAACGACAGAAAACAAACUUCCAGCGUCAGAACAGCCUGGUACAGACACUUCUACCCCUACUAGCUAA